AUGCCCCAACAUACUGAAGCAGAGGACCGCCAAGUAUCAGAGUCUGCUUGGGACUACUUUUAUAUGGAAGUUGUAUCUGUUGAACAAAGAUUGUACAAAGUAGACUCUGAUGCUGAUGCUGCAUAUUCCAAACUUGAAUUGCUGGGGUUUCGUGUAGGCCAUGGCAUAGCUGAGAGAUCAACAAAGGACAGACCUCGAUUUGUAGAUACUCUUGAUAUUAUCAAGUUUAUCUGCAAGGAGAUGUGGAUCUCUGUGUUUAAAAAGCAAGUAGAUAAUCUAAAAACAAAUCACAGAGGGGUAUUUGUGUUGGUCGAUAAUAAUUUUAAAUGGCUAUCCCGCAUGGCAUCAGAUACAUUGACUGGAGAGGCUUCAAAAACCAUGAUCGCAGAGCAUCUUGCGUUACCAUGUGGUAUUAUUCGCGGAACUUUAGCAGGUCUUGGUGUUUCAGCAGUAGUAGUUGCCGAAACUACUAAUUUGCCUCAAUGCACAUUUCAGAUCAAACUGGGAAAGAAGUGA